AGUUAGCUCUACUGACGAUCUUUACUGAAAAGAAAAGGGUCAAUGUGGCUAAACAAGGGGGCGUAGCUGUUAAAAAACUGACUGGCUUGCCUUCUGCUCGCCGUCGGCUCUACUCACUACUACUGUACUGUGUCAUUGUGUAUCUCUUUGUCAGUUGUAUCACAAAGAAAUGGCUGAUCGUCGCCCUCUGCUCAUCAAGGGAGGUACUGUAGUCAACUCUGACUGCAAGGUCAAGGCUGACGUCUACUGUGAGGAUGGCAUUAUCAAGCAGGUUGGCCUGGACCUCAAGGACAUCCCCGCUGAUGCCAAGGUAGUGGAUGCAACUGGGAAGCUGGUCAUGCCAGGUGGCAUUGACACUCACACUCACAUGCAACUGCCGUUCAUGGGUACUGUUGCCAUUGACGAUUUCUACACUGGAACAAGAGCUGCUCUCGCUGGAGGCACCACUAUGAUCAUGGACUUUGUUCUGGGACCAAAGAACGAGUCCCUCCUCCAGAUGUACGAUCGUUGGCGAGGGUGGGCAGACGCCAAGGUGUGCUGUGAUUACUCCCUCCAUGUGGGUGUGACUUGGUGGAGCCCUCAGGUAAGGGAAGAGAUGGGCACUCUAGUGAGAGAGAAGGGAGUCAACUCAUUCAAGAUGUUCUUGGCCUACAAGGACGUGUUCAUGCUCAGAGAUGAUGAGCUUCUCCAGUCGUUUGAGCGAUGCAAAGAAAUUGGAGCCAUAGCGCAGGUCCAUGCCGAAAACGGUGACAUCAUUCACACGCAAUCCAAGAAGAUGAUUGAGAUGGGGAUCACUGGUCCCGAGGGUCACGAGAUGUGUCGUCCAGAGAUUGUAGAGGGGGAGGCUACCUUCAGAGCCAUCACGCUCGCUAGUCAGGUCAACUGCCCCAUCUACAUUGUCCAUGUGAUGAGUAAGAGCGCUGCCCAGGCCGUCAUGAGAGGCAAGGAAAUGGGUUGUGUGGUGUUUGGUGAACCCAUCGCUGCUAGUCUGGGAACUGACGGCACCAACUAUUGGAACAAGUGCUGGAGGCAUGGAGCUGGUCAUGUGAUGGGUCCCCCCCUUCGGCCUGAUCCCACUACCCCCAGCUAUCUCAUGAACCUCCUGGCCAAGGGCGACCUGGACCUGACAGGCACAGACAAUUGCACGUUCAAUGCCAAUCAGAAGGCUCUGGGAAAGGACGACUUUAGAUCCAUUCCAAAUGGAGUUAACGGUGUUGAGGAUCGAAUGUGCGUGAUAUGGGAAAAGGGUGUGAGCACUGGUAAGAUGGACCCGUGUCGUUUCGUGGAGGUUACGAGCACCAUGGCUGCAAGAGUGUUCAAUAUAUACCCUCAGAAGGGUGUAAUUCGUGUUGGCUCUGAUGCUGAUAUUGUAGUAUGGGACCCUGAGGCUGUGAAGACCAUCUCUGCCAAAACUCACUACCAGGCUGUGGACUUCAAUAUAUUCGAGGGCAUGAAGUGUCGCGGUGUGCCAGUCGUGGUCAUCAGUCAGGGUAGAGUGUGCGUAGAGAAUGGAAAGGUGGAGGUUGUCAAGGGGUGUGGCCGCUUCAUCCCCCGCCAACCAUACGCUGACGUGGUCUACUCACGCAUCCAUCAGAGAGACAAGACUUGCCAACCCCAGAAGGUGGAGAGGGAGCCCUACACUGGCCCAGUGAUACAGAUACCCUCCCAGUAACACCAUGGUUACAAGACAAUAUAAUUGUGUAAAAGGAAAGACUGAAACUUUAAUUUGAAUUAUGGAGAAUGUUUUUUGUUUCUACCAAAACACGAUCUGUACAAGCUAGCAAAUAAUUAUUAGUAUAAAGUGAUCAAUUA